ACCAGUGAGGGUGGUCUCAUAACUGUUUCGCUUACACAGAGUGUCACUCAAACAGCUGUGCCUACAGACUUUGUAAGAUGGCAAAAGUGUUGGGGUUGGUGUUGCUGUCUUACCUACUGCUGGAUCCUGCUGCAGCGGCCAGCAUGCCUCGCUUGACGAGUUCAAUCAUUGGAGGCGAGAAUGCCAAGGAAGGGGACUGGCCCUGGAUGGCUCAUGUCUACGUGGUCACCUCAAACACACACGCCACCGACUGUGGUGGCUCAUUGAUCUCUGAGCGCUGGGUGCUGACUGCAGCCUGCUGUUUCAAACCGUCUUUUAUUAAGGAGGAAUCCGUUGUGAGACUGGGUGCAUAUUGGUUGUCAGAGGAAUCACAGCAUGAAAGCCAAUAUGGUAUGAGAAAAGUAAUUCUCCACCCCAAAUAUUCUGAUUCCUGCAAAGGAAAUGAUAUUGCCCUGGUGGAGCUGGACCGAAAAGCCACCCUCUCCCACUUUGUGAAGCCUGUUGUCUUGGCUAAUCCCAGUCAAGUCUUUGACCAGCACUCUGACUGCAGGGUUACAGGUUGGGGUAUGACUGGAAAGAAUGUCCCACUGAAGGAUCCUGGGGUACUUCAGCAACUGAAACUGCCAGUUGUUCCUACAGCAGUUUGCCAACACUGUUUUCAUAAAGUUCUCCCCACUAUGAUAUGUGCUGGUGUUAAUGGAAAAGUUACCUGGAUGGGAGACACUGGAGGCCCUUUGGUGUGUAAAGUUCAGGGCCAGUGGGUUCAGGCUGGAAUUGUGAGCUUCAGUACUGUAACCCCAGAAAAGAAGAUUUGUGCCCCAUCCUUCUAUACCCGUGUGUCCAGCUUCAGAGAUUUCAUCAAGAACAACACUUUUUUUUCCACUGAAUAUUAGGGCACAAGCCCUGGCUACAGGCUGUUACUGAUACUCACCGCAGUUCCCUUUCCUCGCAUGACUCCAUAUAUUCCUUUCCUAUUACAAGCUUUCUUUCGUCACUCCCCAAUCCACUUCCACUUUCCUCCAUCAUCCUCACUGUGUUUUCCUUUAUUUUUUGGUUUUAAAGUCACUGCUAUGCCAAAUAAGAAGAGGAUUGGCUAAUAAGGGAUGCAUGGCUUUGAUACAUCAAAUAAAUAAAAUAAAAA